UGUUUUGAUGUACGUACCCCUCUGCUAUCACCCUCACCCUCGCAUUUGAACCAAUCAAGUCACAGGAUUUUCUACCACCUUCAUAAGCCAUUUCCUGUUUCUACCCUUUCUCUCCCCCAUCACUCCAAACAAACUUUCCGAUACUUAGGCAGCCGAAUUCCUUGACAUUUUCGACCAUCAACCACCAACCAUCCAUCCAUCAUCUUUGCAUCUACUCGUAUGUACGUACGUACAUACAUUGUUUACCCCGGUAGAUAUGGAAACUUCAGCUCUACCGUUCUUUACACUUUGUACCCCUUGAUCUGCUUGAUUACGAAUUACCUCCAAGGGAUACCAAGCCCUCAGCCACACCAGCCCUACUUUUGAGAACGAUGAGGCUACAGAGCUGCCACCAGUCAAUCUUACCUAGGUACCUCUGACAGUGGAUGACGGAUGACGCCGUAAAUACAAUUGCCUCCAAGACAUUCAUUGCUUUCUUGGCCGGUAAGCUUAUUUAGCCUUAAGAACGUCCAACGCUUCUCUUCUUCUCAUAUUCCAUACAAGAGAGGAGAGAUUUCGAUGCAUGUUCAAUUGCCCUAAGGAUAUCUAGUACUAUCGUUGACUUGCUUGCAAGCCGAUGAAUUCAUCUCGUUCGAAAGGAGACACAAGGUCAUGCCGGCGAUCCCUUUGACCUCAUUGAAUACUACAAUAGCCAAUAAUAACACCGUCACAAAUGCUACAAGUGAUGCAUUGCAAGUCGUAUGCGCAUGGCCUGUAUCUGGUCAGUAUGGGCCAGGUUCCCGGGUUCUAUACUAUGUUCUCGUAGCAGCAUGUGUUUUUCUUCGAAAACAACAAUGGCUGAAAGAAGCUUGUUUGGCAGCUGCAUUGCUUUUCCCCGCCGUUGCUGCACUUCAUGGAAUAGUCCUUGCAGCUGUCCAUGUGGAUGAUCAUGAUUUAGGUGCGGUUGAUAUGGACAUAUACGGAGCUUUCCAACUAUGCUCCAUAGGUGUUCUAGCUGCACCGAUAACUGUAAAGCUAUCACGAACAUACUUUUUUGAAACACCUGGCCGAAAUACCAUCUUUUUAUGGACUGGAUUGAUAUUCGCUGGUCUGUUGAGUUUAACUGUGGAAUUCAUUAGGAUAAACACAAGUCCUUGCUUGACCGAUGGUGACGGACAUCCAGCCUACUUCACUCUAGGAAAUUUUACCUAUGACUCGACAUGUGGUCUUACGUGUGAUGUCAUCUCUGGUCCUUUCUCCCCGAUGCGUGGCGGCUCAGCGAAUAAUAUCUACGUCAUUCCCGCACCAAACAAGCUCACCUUCGACACUGUUACUCUUCUCUCGGCCGCAUGCUGCAUUCCUGCUAUACUCUCACUUGUGUCUAUGUGGAAUAAAAUCCGUGAGACAAACUGGAACAAUCGUUUCGGUCACAAAGAAGAACCGAUUGAUGCGCCGAUUGAGGGCACCAACAAUGCAACUGUUGGAAAAAUGAAAGAGGUCAAUAGCUUGAUUAGAUUCUUCCUAAGUGCUAUAGAGGUUCCCGUAUUCGUAGGAGCGGUGCUGGCUAUUCUCAUUCUUGGGGAGAGAAACUUUUUCAGCCAACAAGUCGCAUAUCAAACUGAGCCUAUAGCAACUAUCGGUCAAUGGGCACCCAUUGUCGGCACUGGCCUAGCAGUUUUUGGGUCCUUAUACCGUCUCUUAGCAGCAAAUAUAGAAGCAGACGAAGAGGAAGUAUAUCACAAUGCUUCAAAGCAUCUCGAGCUACAAAAGCAGGGAAUUGGUCUCGGCAUUGCCCCAGAGCCAGAGCCAUCUCCAGGUGCCAAUGAAAUAAUGCGUCAAAGCCUUUCGAAUAGCAGUGGAAGAACUUCUCACGAGAUAGAGCAUCACGAGAUAGCGCAAACUUCAAGUAACCGGCCUUCACUUGGCCUGACCAAGUCGCCAUCAGACGUGGGAAACAGACGGAAAGUAGCCAAUGUUUUAACUGCGAUCGGUAACUAUGUCGGUACUGCGGCGGAAUUCCGUCUAGACGACUCCGAAUUCAAACAUGGAAAGGCUGUUGACUUUCCAGAAAUCCCUGGAGAAGAUCAGCGAAAUCCAAAGCUUCCACAUAUAAGGGAAGCGUACAAUCAAACCCGCGAUGCCGAUGGAAAUAUCACUCCCAUUCUGCGUCCUUCUCGAGCACCGAGCAUAAAUGGUAGUAUUAUCUCGGGGCUUGACAUUGAGUGUGGCGCAGGGACUGUCGAACCCUCGUCACCUCAGUCGCUAACGUCCCAAUUCUCUCCUUCGCCAGCAAACGGUGAUAAGACAAGGGCACGCCGAGAUACCCUUGAAGUUCCCUCGCAGGUUCAUCAUAAUCUUACACGAUAUGAUACCUCUAGAUCUGAGAGUCAGACCUCGCCCCUCAUUGUAGUCUCGUCCGAAACAACAAUUAUACCUUCUCUAAUACAUCCACCUCCUCCAAAGCCUCCCACACCACCUUGA